AUGUAUAACGCACAUCGCGGGAUGGUCCCUGCUCCCAAUUCUCGUCUCAAUGAGUUGCUGGACCAGUUGCGUCAGGAAUUUGAAAACCAGUCGAGGAGCACUGGCGAGUUCGAGCACCAGCUCACUGGUCAGCUCCAGGAGAUGGAGAUGAUUCGCCAGAAGGUUUAUUCGCUCGAACAGACACAGUUGAAGAUGAAACAAGAUUAUGAAGCAGAGAUCCGCAUGUUGCGACACGAGCUUGAGUCGCGAGGUGUCCAACCCGUUGCCUCUCAUGUCGCCGUCCCCGCGCAGCACGGCGGUCCUUCGCAGGCGCCUCCGCCCGCAUUGGGUCACGGACCCAGCAACCUGUUUGGUGGUAUCAUGGCCAAUCAAGGAGGUAGUGGCCCCGGUCUUGUCCCUCCCCCUCCCCAGGAUCAGCAGCCACCCCAGCAUAGCCUUCAACAGCCUGCCGCAGCGGCUCAACCAGGAGCACCGCAACCACAGCAGAGCUCUUUUGGAGGAUAUCAGCCUGGCGCUGCUGUGAACGGCUACGGCCCCCCUCCUCCCCCCACAGCCUCCCCUGGCCCUGGAAAACGCCCUCGCGCUCCCCCGGGCCCUGCCACCCCACAGCAGGCCCAUCAACUAGCUUAUCCGGAUUCCCGUGUGUCGCCACAACUUGCUCGGCCGACUCCCCCAAAUCAAGCAGUCGUCCGUACAGAUCGCCCUGGGAACAUGCUUGCUAACUGGAACCCCGAGGAUCUGCCCCCUUCGCAGAAGAAAGAAGGUGCCGAUUGGUAUGCAGUAUUCAACCCCGAAGUGCAACGAGUUCUUGAUAUAGAACUCGUCCACCAUCUGGUUCACGACAGCGUUGUGUGCUGCGUGCGUUUUAGCCGCGACGGAAAAUACCUCGCUACUGGUUGCAACCGUUCUGCUCAAAUCUUUGACGUGAACCUUGGCCAGAACGUGGCCGUUCUACAGGAUGAGAGUGUCGAUAAGAGCGGGGAUCUCUAUAUUCGCAGUGUCUGCUUCAGCCCCGACGGCAAGUAUCUGGCUACUGGUGCAGAGGAUAAGCAGAUCAGGGUUUGGGAUAUUGCCACACGUACCAUCAAGCAUAUUUUCAGUGGCCACGAGCAGGAUAUCUAUUCCCUAGAUUUUGCCGGCAAUGGUCGGUACAUCGCCUCUGGUAGCGGUGACAAGACUGUGCGUCUUUGGGAUAUUGCAGAGGGAAAGCUUGUCUACACACUCAGCAUUGAGGACGGCGUUACCACAGUGGCAAUGUCUCCGGACGGCCUUUAUGUCGCCGCUGGCUCUCUAGACAAGACUGUGAGAGUCUGGGAUACCACCACUGGUUACCUUGUCGAACGUCUCGAAAACCCUGAUGGCCACAAGGACAGCGUGUAUUCCGUUGCUUUUGCACCGAACGGAAAGGAACUUGUCAGCGGCAGUUUGGACAAGACUAUCAAACUCUGGGAACUCAACCUGCCCCGUCAACAGUACAACAGUGCUGGCAAGGGCGGCAAGUGCCACAGAACUUUCGAGGGCCACAAGGACUUUGUGCUUAGCGUCUGUUUGACCCCCGAUGGGCACUGGGUCAUGAGCGGUUCCAAAGACAGGGGUGUCCAGUUCUGGGAUCCUAUCACUGGAAAUGCACAAAUGAUGCUUCAGGGGCACAAGAACUCUGUCAUCUCAGUUGCGCCCAGUCCUACUGGCAAUCUGUUCGCCACUGGCAGUGGUGACAUGCGUGCAAGAAUCUGGAGAUACUCCGCGUACACCGGACGAUGA